GAGAGAGAGAGAGUUGUCUCGCAAUAGAGAGUGAGAGAGAGAGAGUCAGUCACUGUUUGACUCAUUACUGAAACAACAUUUGCUUUAAUAGCUGUUUGUGUCGAUACAGACAUCCAUUUCAGAUAAUGAGUUGUGAAACAUAUGGCCUGAACUGCGGACACAGUUCUGGUAAUUGUGGCCACAAUUCACAGACACUGACGUUCUUAGACCCGGAAGACGCCAAUGAGUUGUUGGGCGCCGACACUCAGGGCUCGGAGUUUGACUUCAAUGACUUCACACUCCCCUCGCAGUCGCAGGCGAGUCAAGUGGACACCAAUUUGUCGCAAAGAAAUAAUAGAGAAUCGCAACUCUCGAAUGGCUUGUCUUCGGACGUGAAUCCAAUCACCCAUUCGUUCGGUGAACUCAACUUCGAAGAGGACGAAGAGGACCAGUACUACAGUAAAGCACUUCCAGAGCACGCGUGCAAAUACUGUGGCAUUCAUGACCCGAGUUGUGUCAUUCAAUGCAAUCUCUGCAAGAAGUGGUUCUGCAACGGAAGGGGCAAUACGUCCGGCAGUCAUGCGGUCAACCAUUUAGUGAGAGCUAAGCACAAGGAAGUGACUCUUCAUAAGGACGGGCCACUGGGAGAGACGGUACUCGAGUGUUACAGCUGUGGCUGUCGUAACGUCUUUGUCCUCGGCUUCAUUCCGGCCAAAGCCGACUCAGUGGUGGUGCUGUUGUGUCGUCAGCCCUGUGCCGCUCAAAGCAGUCUCAAAGACAUGAAUUGGGAUCCGGAUCAGUGGAAACCCCUAAUCAACGAUCGCACGUUCCUCUCAUGGCUGGUGAAAGUGCCGUCAGAACAGGAACAGCUGAGGGCCCGACAGAUCACUGCUCAACAGAUCAACAAAUUGGAAGAGCUUUGGAAAGACGGCAAUAUUGAGGCCACGUUUCAAGACUUGGAGAAACCGGGUGUCGAUGAAGAGCCCCAACAGGUGUUGUUGCGAUACGAAGACGGCUAUCAAUACCAGAACAUCUUCGGGCCGUUAGUCAAGAUGGAAGCCGAUUACGACAAGAAGCUCAAGGAAUCACAAACACAGGACAACAUUGAGGUUCGAUGGGAUAUCGGACUCAAUAAGAAGAUAAUCGGGUUCUUCAAUAUCGCCAAAUCAGACACUGAUAUGCGUCUUAUGCACGGCGACGAACUCAGGCUCCGGUAUUUGGGAGAACUACUCAAACCAUGGGCUGGUGUCGGACACGUGACUAAAAUUCCCGACAACUUUAGUGAAGAAGUAGGCAUUGAGCUGAAGAGCAAUGCAGGCGUUCCCACGGAAUGCACCUCUAAUUUUGUGGUCGAUUUUGUGUGGAAGUCUACUUCAUUUGAUAGAAUGCAGGGCGCGUUACGUAAAUUCGCAAUGGAUGAGUCUUCGGUGUCGGGCUAUAUAUACCACAAACUUCUGGGCCAUGAGAUUGAAGACGUGGUGAUGCGCUGUUCGCUUCCCAAGCAGUUCUCAGCGCCUAAUUUACCAGAACUGAAUCGAUCGCAAGUCUAUGCCGUCAAGCAUUCGGUACAAAGACCUCUUUCGCUAAUUCAAGGCCCGCCCGGAACCGGAAAGACUGUCACUUCGGCUACAAUUGUGUAUCAUUUGGUGAAGACUGGAAAUACACCCGUUUUGGUGUGCGCUCCGAGUAAUAUAGCUGUGGAUCAGUUGACUGAGAAGAUACACAAAACUGGCCUAAAAGUGGUUCGAUUGUGCGCUAAGAGUAGGGAAGCCAUCAAUUCUCCCGUCUCUUUCCUUGCCCUUCACAACCAGAUCCGCAAUAUGGACGGACACUCAGAGCUCCAUAAACUGCAACAACUGAAGGAUGAAACCGGAGAACUGUCUUCUGCUGAUGAGAAGAGAUAUCGGAUAUUGAAGAAGACUUGCGAACGGGAACUGCUGGAAGCGGCGGAUGUGAUAUGCUGUACGUGUGUCGGCGCCGGAGACCCACGUUUAGUGCGCUUCAAGUUUCACUCAAUACUUAUCGACGAGUCAAUGCAAGCGACUGAACCGGAAUGUAUGGUUCCCGUAGUGUUGGGAGCGAAGCAACUGGUAUUGGUUGGAGAUCACUGUCAAUUGGGACCAGUGGUUAUGUGCAAAAAGGCGGCGCGCGCUGGCCUUUCGCAGUCACUCUUCGAGAGGCUCGUAGUUCUGGGAAUACGUCCGCUUCGUCUGGAAGUGCAGUACAGAAUGCAUCCAUCGUUAAGCAAAUUUCCCUCCAAUUUCUUCUACGAGGGAUCCCUUCAGAACGGAGUCUAUUCUGAUGAGCGAAGAAUGAAGGGAAUAGACUUCCCGUGGCCUCAACCCGAUAAACCCAUGUUCUUCUACUGCUGUCAGGGCCAGGAAGAGAUCGCCGGAUCCGGCACUUCGUACCUCAAUCGCACUGAAGCCUCGUUUGUCGAAAAGUUGACCACUCGUUUCCUCAAGUGUGGGGUCAAACCGGAACAGAUAGGAGUGAUCACUCCUUAUGAGGGCCAACGCGCAUAUCUGGUCCAAUACAUGCAAUACAACGGCUCUUUUCACGCGAAACUCUAUCAGGAGAUCGAAGUCGCGUCAGUCGAUGCCUUCCAGGGCCGGGAGAAGGACCUCAUCAUUAUGUCGUGCGUGCGCUCUAACGAACACCAGGGCAUCGGCUUUCUUAACGACCCGAGACGUCUCAAUGUGGCGCUCACUAGAGCUCGAUAUGGCAUAAUAGUUGUGGGAAACCCUAAAGUGCUGUCCAAACAACCCCUUUGGAACCAUUUGCUGACCUUCUAUAAGGAGAACAAAGUGCUAGUGGAGGGCCCCCUCAACAACCUCAAGGAGAGUCUCAUUCAGUUCAGUAAACCCCGAAAAAUGGUUAACUCUUUGAAUCCCGGCUCACACUUCAUGCAGACGGCGAUGUUUGACGCCAGAGAAGCCAUGAUUCCGGGCAGUGUUUACGACCGGUCCGGUGCCGGACAACAGACCCCUUUCAACAGUGCACUAAAUAUGUCAGGAGCACCGCCUCUCCCGCACUACUAUAGAGCGCACGACCAGUUGUCAUACAUAAGUCAGGAUAGGGCCCAAACCAACGCCGCUCUCACCAAUCUUCCGGUGCCGUUAGGGAUGUUUAUGAAUAUGACUCACAUUCCGCCGCGAUUUUACAACCAGCCCAAUAUGGGUGCACCCGUUCGACAGCCACCCAUCACUGGCCAGAGAAAUAAAGCCAAUUCUAACCGAAACCCGAACCGAAUGUCGACUUCAAACCGUCGAUCAAAUAAGAAUGAGUCGGACUUCUUCCCGACGAGCCAACCGGCCUCUCAGGACACGAGUCUCGGCGGAUCAUCUCUAUCCCAGGGACCCCUCACUCAGGGCCAGCUCUCCAUGAGUCAGAUGAGUCAACCGCCGUAUCCAAGUCUGUCACAGCCCGGCCUCUCACAGGACCCGUAUUCGGUGGAUGACCUGCGAUCACAAGCCGAGGGAAUGCUGUCUCAAGAGUCGAGUUAUCAGACGGACCGAAACGCCUUCUUUAUGGCCUCACAAGUUGGCGCACACACAAAAGCGGACAUGAAUUGGAAGCGUUUCAUAACUAAUUUGGAAAUCGAAGAUCCAAUGAUUAAUUCACCGAACAGUGAUCCCGAGUCCAGACUCCAAGAGUUUAGGAAACGCUUUGAGAACUUCUCUCAAAAUCCAAACCAAAUGUUUGGAGACUCGAAGAUCGGCAGCCGAUGGCCCGACGCCACGAACAACCAUUCGAUGUCUAAAAAUUUAAACCACAAUCCGAAGGCAUCUGAUGCUGAAGAGGAAGGGAUUCCUAUUAAAGUGUUUCACGAGAUGUCAGACGAGAGACCAAACUCUGAGGCAAACAAUGAAAGGAAGAGGGAAUCGAUGUCUUCGUCUCAAAGCCAUCGAAGUAGUGAUACGUCUCACAGCAGUGGAAGCGCUGGAAGUGUUUUCAACUCGAAUGGUGUGGAUCCCAAUCCACGGCAGUCGUCAUCGCAGCCCAGAGUACAUCACAUUCCCAUUCGUGUGGAGCCCAGGGAGGGGUCCACCAGUUCUGGCUAUACCUCCACUUCCGAGAGCAAUGGUGCGCCUCAACAGCCAUUAAGUCGUUCAUCGAGUCAUUCGAGUGCCAACAGCGCCGACAGCACUGGUGUGACCACAGGUGGGCCCACAGGUGACAACCGGGCGGCCAGUCCUGCCAAGAGUGUGUCCUCCGAGCACUCGACCGCAUCGACUGACUCUAAGCCACGCGUCCGUCAAAUUCCCGUCAAAAUUGAAUCCAAUGUGAAGUCGAGUUCAUUACCAAAAGCUAAGACCAAUCCAUCGACGGAACCAAUAAAUAAGCGAAAGUCCGGUCCGUUUGUCACUCGAAUCCCUGUCUCGCAACAGACGGACAGUCAGACCAACUCUCCGCCGACCGAACCUUUGGAGGGGAAAGUUGUGCCGAAAGCGGAUCCGUUGGAAACGAUUAGUAAUAUAUUGCGUGAUCUCAAGAAAUACGAGAGCGAAGUGAAUGAAUUCAAUGGGACGGCCACUGACAAGAAGUAUCGCUAUUUGGAUGAAAUGCUGACGCGGUUUAUGAUUAAGUUGGACACCAUUGACACGGAUGGCAAUGAGGAGGUGCGCGCCGCCCGUAAGGGGGCUGUCAUUGCAGUCAACAAAAGCAUCACUUUAUUAGAGGCCAAAGUGUUUGAUAAUAACAACAGCAACCAAAAGAUGAUACUUUUGAACGGGUCUGCAGGCGAGCCAAUGGAAGUGUCGUCCACUCCAGAGCCCACUAAUGAGACAAAAGUAGCGCCAAAUGAAGCCACGGAAUCGAGUCAAACGGAUUUGCAGAGUAAAGCAAAUGAAGUGAAAGUUUGUGAUCAAAAUAAUGUCAUAAAUCAAAGUCUGGUUACGAAUAGUCAGCGCAAAGAGACGGCGGUUUGAGUGCUAUUUGCGUUAUUUUAUUAUUUGUUUAAAUUUAUGUAUUAUACGAUUAGUGUUUAAAAUUGCAAAAUUAAUAUGCAAUUGUACAAAAACAACUGUUUAGUUAACUUAUUUUGAAAUGAAAAACGUGUUUACU